AAAGUCGACACUCGCGUCGCACGGACUGGUCACACCACCGUAUGCCGCUGGCACGGACGAAACAGCAACGUGUGCGUAUCCGGUGUUAUCGCUGAUUUCUCACAUUCUCAACCUAAUACUGCCAAUUUGCUCGUUUUUAAUAAUCAAAGUUUUCUUAAUACGCGUCUUUCGAUUCCAAACGCGAUAAUCGCUCUUAUCGAGUUGUGUGGCUUGUGAUUUAUGUUAGUUUUUGUUUCGGUACGAACGCGCCUUGGCCACCUGUCUCGCGAAACGUGGUUCGUCCUGUGGUGUGAAAGAAAUACUUGUUCAACAAAAACAUAAGCAAAUACACAAGGUCAUAGGAUCCCUAUAAAUGUAAAAGCUUGACAAGAGUGCUCGUGUAUAGUGUGAAAGAUAAGAAAUUAAACAUUUUGUAAUCUCGUCCGGUCGAUCCGCCACAUAAUCUGUCUUGUACUCUCCCCCGUUUCCCCCCUCUUUCUCGAUCUCUAAGCACGAUGAUGCUGGAGACGUAUGUAAAACAGAUUGCCGAACCGAAAUUUCGUACUUUCGAGCGAUUUCUCGAACGGCACAGUGAUCAUUGAAGGAAAGGAGAGCCUUGAUCUGAGGUUAAUUCAAUUCGACGAGUGGGGAAUUAAAAGUUUAUCGACGAGAGUGCGAACAUUGUGACAGUUGUGUGAAUCUCGGAGUAAUCGUACGGGCAAUACAAGUUUCGUUCAUUUCGCAAUUGAAUGCAACCGCAUUCGUAAAGUUUCGUUGAGACGCGUGUGAAACGCGAUACUUUUAUCUUUACUUUUCUCGUUCAGUAGUUUUUCCGCGUUUUUUGGGAGUGCAUCGCUCUCCGGUGUGUCAGUAAAAGUGAAUAGUCCGUUCACAUCGGCAAGUGUAUGACACACGUGGUGGGAGAAAGAGGAACUAAAAAAAAAAAUCGAGCAGAACGAAAUUGUGAUCGUCCGGUGCGGGCUCCCUGAUGCAUACGGCCCUGGUACCGGCGGCGUAGUAAUCCGUGAUUUUCUUUCUCUCUUUCUCUCUUACUCGGCCGCGUCGUCGCAGGGGCCCUCAGCUGUUUCCCGCCAAAGAAUAUCGCCAUUACGAAAACGCGUUCGGGCGUUGUGUGUCCUCGUCGCUCGGGAGAGUCGCGCCCGGUCUCGUGUCGGCGACCAACUUAUCAAAUCUCAAACAGCUGAAACACGGCUUGAUAUAAAUCGCCAUUAUAAAACAUUCGAACUUUAUCAAUAGACUGUAUAAAAAUUUCUUAAUUACUACAAGUGCGUCGUGUGGAGAGUGAAUUUUAUUUAUAAUUCAAAACAAAUAAAAAUCUUAUUCAGCCCCGAAGGCAAAAACCGCGAUUUUUUUAUUUUUCGCAGUUUUUCAUACAGCGCGACCGUCGAGUGAUACUCAAUACGCGGCACGCUUUCUCGUGAAAGCGCCGCUGCUCCAAAGAUUCAGUUUUUCGCGAUCGGAUUCAAGAGCGACGAUUGUGCAACAGUGGUUUUAAUAUAAAUAAAAACAAAAAAUCGACACUUGUGUGAUCUCCAAGUUUACAUUAUUUCCUGUCAAAGUUCAUGAGUACAGUAACUUACGUUUAGUGAUUUAGUCGACGAGUGUGUUGUUGUUGUUGUUUCGGUGCGCGCAUUAAACAAUCGUGUCGUAGGUAUGUCAGUGUUUGAAAAUUGUGACGAAAGGAUUCUGAUCGAGGAAAUCGUCGAAGCCGAGUGCGAAGAGCAAGAAGCGGAGUUUUGUAGUGGUGGCGAGACGAUCGACGAGAACUCGGUCGCAGGUAGUAUCGUGUUGGCCGAGGUAACCGAUACACAAGAAUUACUGGUUUCCGAGCUCAUUGUCGACAACAACAGCAGCGGUGACAGUAGCAGCGGUACUUUGCGAGACGAUAACAAUACGAAACACGAAAUCGUAAGGGUGAUAAGUGAGGAUAGCGAGGUUACGAUCGGUCCUAAUUGCCGUUUGAGCCGACAAAACGGUGGCGUUGCCAGAGUCACGCCCCGAAGCCACAUGGAGCAGGAGAAGAGGAUGAGGCGAGAAAUCGCCAACAGCAACGAGAGGAGACGCAUGCAGAGCAUCAACGCUGGUUUUCAAUCGCUCAGGACACUUUUGCCGCAUCACGAGGGCGAGAAACUCUCCAAGGCUGCAAUACUCCAACAAACGGCCGAAUACAUUUAUCAGUUGGAGCAAGAAAAGACUCAACUUUUGUCACAAAACUGCCAGCUCAAGAGACUGGUCAAUCAACACGAAGGAGGCGACGUACCGAUCAAGAAACGCAAGGCUGAAACUCAGGGAGUUGUGGUGAGUUUGCCGAUGCACGUUAACGAGAGCGGCGACGAGGGUCUUGGCAGCAUGUCCCCAGAGCCGAUGUCCGUAAUCACAGUCUCGACGGAGGGACACGCUGCAAUUAGCAACAACAACGGUACGAGCACCAGCGACGUUGCCGAGCUCAGGCGACAGUUGGAGAGGGAACGUCAGCAGAGGCUUCUCGUCGAGAAACAGAUGAGAGCUAUACAGACACAAUUGUAUCCGGAAAGAUUUCGGGACAAUCAGCUCAUUGCUUAUCAACCGCACGAGGUGAUUGAGCACACGGACAACGUGAUGGCUCAGGAGACCGAAGAAGCAGUAGCAGCGCUCCAAGUAGUAUCGGUAGUGAGUCUGCCGCCGGUGGGUUCAACACAGACGGUAGAAACGUCAAAUCCGGAGCCAUGUUCGCCACCGCUCUCGCCCCAAACAGCUGAGAUCGUAAGCGAGGAUCUUAAAGAAGAAGAGACUGCCCCCGAGAGCCCAAAAUUGGUUGCAUUCUCGGCGAAUCAAGUAUUCGGAAGUGCGAUCGAGGAAACGAAUUCUGUCGGUUCGUUCUCACCGUCGAGAGUCGCAUAUGCGACCACAACGACUCCUGAAUUCAAAGGAGAGUUUAAAAGUACGACCUCCUCGACGCAGUUCAUUACAGCGAGCCCAACAAGACCGUUUUCACCGCCAGCUGAGCCACAGAGAUUACCGAGUGUUCUCGAAGCAGCGAUCAAGGCUGAACCCAAGGUCGAGGUCGAAAGAUUGCCCUCCCCAGCGAAUUCUCUCGACGAUGGAACGCCACAGGCAAGGCUUUAUCUGGCAAACACAUCGAGGCAAAAUCUUGAGACGAUUGUCGAAGCGAUACGACAUCUCGAAGGGGAUCAUUUAUUCAGUGACGAGCCGGCACAGGACGUGCCACUUGCCCUAACGAACAAACAAGCGAUCGUCGGUGCUGCGGCAACGACGACAACGUCGAAUCAAUCGAUAACAACAACCGGUACAAUAACAACGACGAAGCAACGGCUACGGCAUGCCGAGGUCAAUAAUCUUCUUCAAUUUCACACGCAACAACAGACCCAACAACGUCCUGGUGUUAUCGUCGUUAAACACUCGUGAUCGCUCUCCUCUCAAUGAUCUCGAGUCAUCAAGAUCACAACGUCAUAAAACAUUAUAUCGAAGUUUAAGGAGAUGAUGAUAAUGGAAAUGGAGAAGAAAAAAAAACACAUAAGCUUUGACAAAACUAUUAUUAUGUGCACUUAUAUUAUACGAUCCCGGUAAAUAUAUUAUUUUCAUUUGAUUUGUUUUUUUCCUCCUGCUCAUGAGAAAGAGAGAAACCGACUAGAAGCGUCGUUUACAUAUAAACAUGUUGUAUGUAGAGAUCGAAAUAUUCGCCGUUCAUUAGCGCUCAUUUUUCUCUUUCUCCUACGCCCCUUUGCUCUUUCUCUGUCUUUUUUACUUUUUUUUUUUAUUUUGUAUCGCGAGACUCGAAGACGAACGUUCAGGGGGCACGAAAACGCCCACGAUCGAAGAAAGAAACGAUAAUGCAUUGAAACUUCAGUGGAGGUGUUGCGGGGACUGGCAGUCCGUAACAAUUGUUUUGGAAAAGGAAAAAAAAAUGGAGUCAAAUGAUUCGAAUCGCAGUUGAUUUUUCACUGGUAAAAACUUAUACGAACGUUUUUGUUUUUCUUUUAUCACUCGUGCGUAACGGUCUCGAUUGUCUCGAGUGAAAAAAUGAGUUGAUAUAGUUUUGCAGCGUUUGCCUCUAACGUGUUUAAUAUUAAAAAGGAGGGAGAGAUAGAGAAAGGGAGGAAAAAAAAUUUCAUUUGAAUCAAGUUUCCCUACUAUUAAAAAGAAAUAUUCUCAGCAGUUAAGGUUCGCACGUACGAAAGCGCGCGAUGUAUUAUACAAUAUUAUUACGAUUUUUUUUUUAUUAUUAUUUUUUCUUCCACCUUAUUAAUAUAGUACGUUUUUGUUUAGCCCUCGCCCCUCCCGAGACUCCUCCCCCAAUUUUUUUACCAAUUGUUACAAAAAAAAUUGACGACGAGAAAUGAGAAAAUGUCUUGUAAGUUUCUCAAUGUCCGCCGUAUCAUUGUUCGAUGUUGCGGCGAAAAAAAGCAAAAAAAAAACAGAAAAAAACGAAAAAUCAAAAUAUAAUAAAUGCUUAAUAUUUGACACACAUUAAUGAAGCGAAUUCAUUCGCGACAAGUUUUCUUUUAUUAUUUUUGUUCAAAAAAUCCGAUAGCACUAGAGGCGAUGGUUCCGCCCGUCCAGUUCCCUCCGCAGUUUUCCUUUCCUUUUCAUUCUCUUUGUGUCUCUACUUCUCUCCCCUCUCUUUGUCUCUCUCUCUCUCUCUCUUUUUCUCUCGAAGCAAUUCGAUCUUUUCUCCUCCAGUUCGAGCCGUUUUUUUUUCGUUUAAUCUGUGCCAAAUAUCGAGUAUCGAGACUUUUGUUCCUUCCUAGACGUAGUUGAGUGUUUGUGGUGAACGGUUGCACGAUCAGUCGGUGUGAAACGACGUUGGAUCGGACGCCUUCUUUUGCCUCGAAAUCCUUGUCGUUUUUCCUACAUUUGCUUUUUUUUCGUUUAUUUUUCAUUAAUUUGCAAUCUGUUAAGGAGUCAGGAGGAAUAAAGAAAAGGCGUUCGAAUCGAUAGAGGAAAUGAAAGAGGUUAUCGCCAGCGAUCGAUGAAACUGGAAGAUAGGCCGACCCGAUAUAUGAAAAAAAACUUUAUUUUUCGUCCGCGUCUUUAAUGGCUUUCGAAAAUUUUUUCACAAAAGACGAACGACGAAUUACUGAUAAUCCAUGAACCCGAUUGAUAUGGACACUAAUUUCAGCCACUUGUCUGUUUGCAAUUUAUUAUUUUUAUUAUUAUCAUUUAUUAUUAUUAUUAUUAUUAUCAUUAGCACUACUAUUAUUUUUAAUUAAUAAUGAUGAAAUAUUACUGAUAAAAUUAUUCACAGAUUUUUUUUUACAACGGCGAAGCUUGUUCGUUGCAUAUGAAGAAAACGAACGAAUACAUAUUGAUAUAUAUAAAUAUAUAAACACUUGUGUGUGUAUAUAUAUAUGUAUAUGUACCUCGAAUAUGUAUACAUAUAUAUAUAUUUAUCAAUCCGAUAAAUUAAGAAUGUAGAAUAAUCGAUCGGUGUAACAGGAAAAAUACUAUUUUUUAAGUAUCCUGAGCGUGUGAGUUCGAAUGAGAAAGAGAAAGAUAGAGAGAGAAUAGAAUGUUUCGAAUGAUGCGUAAAUUUUUCAGAUAAAUUUUGAAAAUAAAUUGACGACAGUUUGGAAUUCGAGCGUUAGUUUCUACUAUAUUGUAUAUUGCGAUGAAGUGAGAUAGAUACUGUGAAAAAGAUUUACACACAACAACAACGUGCGGUUUCCUUACAUUGUCGUAACGUUUAUUGGCGUGAAAAUGAACUUUCUCGUUCAUUGGCUGCAUCUUGGGUGUCUGCAUACGAUGUACAGUAGAUUGAUAUUUAAUAUUAAAACGAAAUUAAUUUUUGGGGAUUUUUUUAAUGAAAAUUUAUUCUCCAUGUUUGUAUCUUUGAGAGUAUUUCAAAACAUUGAUUUUAUUGUAAAAAAUGUGCAUUUGCUUUUCAAGGAUUCAUAGUCAUCUGUAAUAAUUCAUUUUUUUUAUAAACACGCAAAAUGAUUCGUUUCACUCAAUGUAUGCAGAGGCUGGUGUAGUUCGUAGUAACAUUGUGAAUUCUUUAAAGUAUUCUUUGGAGUUGAUAAGUACGAAAAUUUGGGCCUCUUGAGAAUAGACAAUUCGAUACGGUCGAAUUUGAAAAAUAACAGCACAUGAUAAAGUCCUUUAAUUGGUGAGACCAAAUUUUUUUUCAAAUCGCUCCUUACGAUUUGUUAAAAUUUUUGCUUCGAAGCAAUGUUACAAAAUCAUUAUUGCAGCCAUCACGCAAAUGAUAAAUGACAAGAAAGGAAGAAAUAAUACAAACGAAUGCUAGGACUAUAAGUACGGACCCGUAAGAUUUAAUGACCCACGUAACACCGUAUAAUUAAAGAAGUCACUGAGAGAAUAUUGUUGUAGAAUUGGUGUCGCAAAAAUUCUCGCGCGACACAAACACGAGUACGAGAGGUCGCGGUUUGUGCUCGUAAACGGCUGAGCAACGUACGAGAGAGAAAGCCAUGAAAAUAGGAUAAAGAAGAAAUAUAACUUAAAAUGAACAAAAACGAUUUGUUUUUUUUAAACAGUGGAGAUUGUCAAAUUUAAACGAAAUAACGUAGAAUUUUUCGUAUCAAUAUUUUUUGCUUAUCGUGCUACCAAAAUCACUUUAUUUUGGUAAUUAUAAAGUUUUUUUUUAAUAUUGUAAACGGCCUAUUACAUUGACAUUUUUUUUUUUUUCGUUAUUAUUGUACAACCGUUCCGAAGACUUGUGACUCUAACAUUGCUGAAUUUUGUUUUACACUCAACGUUCGUUCUCGAUAAUUCUUGAAAAAUAUUCAAACUGCUUUCCCUUUCGUAUACUUCGGCAUGUAAGCACAAGUUGCGGUCUCCCCAUACAAAUGUAUACGAAAAAUGUAAAUAAAAAACUAAGAAGCGAUGAAGAGGAUAUAAAAAAAGCAAAUUUCCAAAUUUUGGAUUGAUACGUUAUAACGAUAUUUGCGAUUGAGAUCAAAUAAAAACGCGUGAUCAUUUUUUUUUUUAAUUACGAGAAAGAUCGCUCGCUGAAGCCAAAAAUGAUACAGAAAAAUAUAAAAUCGUCAAUUUAAUGUUAAUCGAGUGGCCUCGAUUUCAAAUCGUAUGAAUGAAUGAAAAAUUUUAUCAGGAAACUUAUCAUCGAAUCGCAAACGUCCAGGCGUUUCCGCAUUCUGUGAAAAAAAAUUAGUUUGCGAGGCCCAAGAAACACUGAAUUAUUCUUUUUUCUACUACCCAAUGUUAAGUUAUUUAUUUCGAAAAAUAAAAACAGAUUUUAUUUGUAGCGAGAAACAAUGUGUAGAGAAAAGAUUUGUUCGGCGAUGCGUUUUAAUCGUAAAUACAUUUUGUGUGCUACCAAAUCUAUAUGUUGAAAAGUGUCAUCGUUAAAAAGACAAAAAGAAUAGGCUAUGUCUGAAUGCAAGCUCUCUCAGUUGUCUCAGGGCAAGUGAUUUUUUAAUAAAAUGUGAAAAGCUAUUGUAACAUUUUUUCGAUCGCCAAGACGAUUUUCGGUGUAAACUGAAAACAAAUUGAGGGAAAACGAGAAAAAAAUCAUUUGUAUCUGAGAAUUCAUACGAUUCGAAGGUUAAUAAGGAAACGAAAAGCCAGGGAAAAAGAGAUUCGAUUCGACUUUUGUAAACGAGCCAUAAUCUUGUGGGUUAACGAUCGAACAACCGUACGACAAAACAAAAAGUGCGUAAACGUCAAUCGACGAUAAGGUAGCGGCUGAAAGAGCGAAAUUGAAUGCGACCAAAAGUGGCAGGAACGAAAAAUGUAAUCCUUCGAUUUUUCUAAAUAAACUCGUGACGGUCGA